ACCCAGAAUAAAAGACAGAACAGCGCUCGCCGCUAUCGUGAGCUUUUUGGGUGCGCUGGGUCUUAUCAUGCGCACACUUUUGCAGCGUAACCGUGUGUAGGAAGAGGAAAGGAAAGAAAGGGAAACUCUAGAGAGAGAGAACAAAGAACGAACGAGAACGAGACGGACUGAGUUGAGUUUGGUUUUGGCGAGUCACGACUCGGGUGGGUGAACCUGAGUGACCCAAUCAACAAAGGGAAGACAAGGGGCCAAAAAAGCCUAAAACCAAAAUCCCCAAACAUUACCUGCGGGGGCGUGUGGAAAUAGCAAAAAAUGGUGAACAAGAAGCUAUUAAGUCCUCCUCUCCUUUACCCAUCUCUCUCCUCUCUCAUUCUCCUCAUCAUUGUUACCCUAAGACACUGUCUUUUUAACCCCCUUUUCCCCAGAUUCUACAACCAAAAACCGAUUUUUUCACAUACCUUGCUUUUGUUUUCUUCCUCUUGGUGUUCAUCCCUUCUCAUCCCCUCUUCAGGGUACUUGGUUUUUUCGUUGGAGAGCAUCUGGGUAUCGAGUUUUUGCGAGAAGCUGGAGGGUUGGAGCAUGCUUGUUACAGUUUCUGCUUACUUCAUCAACUGAGAAGUAUUUGCAUCAGUAGAAUUAGAUGGAAGAGUUUGUUGGCAUCAACACUGCUGUGAGGAAGAGGAGGAGUCGAACUUCUCGUCGUCCUCGGCCUGAAUCACAGCCUUUUUCUGAAAGUUGUGAUCAUUCACCCUUGUCAUCAGCAACACCUUCAGAUGAUGCGGGCAAGGUUUCUAGUGAUGAGAAUGCUGAUUAUGAUACUAAUCAUAAGAGGAAAGAGUUCAGUCUUAAUCAAUGUGUUUCCUUAUUUUCUUCUGCUGUUGGAGUUGAAGGUGAAAAAUUACGUAAGGAGAGUAAGGAGAGGGAUGGAGAAUUCAAUGCAUUCUACAAUAAUGAUCCAGGAAGAAGUGGAUCCAACAGUAAGCGUUCUAGUGAGGGUGUACUUGCCCCAGCUAAUUGGAAAAGCAUGAGCAAGGUGACAGAAGGCUUGGAAUCAGAAUCAAGAGAUGCUGGUAUUUAUGGUGAAAGGAAUGAUGAAGGUCCUAUUCCAACACAGCGAGGGACUUUGGAUGGGUCAGUGAAUGAGAGCAAGAUUAAGAAACUCAAGGUCAAGGUUGGUGGUGUUCCACAUAUGAUUCAUGCCAACUCAGCUGCAAAUGGUAUGCCAGGUAGUGGGGCUUCUACAAAUAAGAGUAGCCUACAGAGAAAUAAAGAUGACUGGCUUUCUCCUCAAGAUAAGAGUACUGGUUUGCAAGGAAUCCCUUGGAAAGAUUUCUCAAGAGGUGGUUUUGGUUUUGGUCCUGGGAAGGAGGAUUCUUUGAUGGGAAAGAGGUCUGGAAAGAAUAUCUCUGGGAAACAAGGAGACCAGGCAAGUGCAGUUCGUAAGAGCACACGGGUUCCAAAAAGGCGUGUGCUAGAUGGGGAAUUUGGUGAAGAUGAUGAGGAUGGUGAAAUCCGCUACCUGGAGAAACUUAAAACGUCAAAGAUCAAUCUGGCAUACAAAGAAGAUGGUGAAGAAUCAGGGAAGAAACAGCAGAAAUUCUCUAGGGUUUCUGAUGUGGACAAUCUUGGUACUUCAAGGUCUGGCAAAGAUGGGAAAAAGAAGCCCAGAUCAGAGAGGGGAUCUGAGGACACUGAUACUGAGGAAGAAGACGAGUUGGUUUCCGAUAGCGAGCUUGGAGGUAAGAGAAAAUCAAAGCAGAAGAAGGAAUCUAUUGAUGCAUUGAUGGAGAAUAAGAGAGAAGUGACCCUCACAACUCGUCAACGGGCUCUUCAGUCAAGCAAAGAGGCCUCUGCUGCUCCUGGUGCAAGCGUAAUUGAGUUUCCAAACGGACUACCACCUGCACCACCAAGAAAGCAAAAGGAGAAACUCACAGAAGUGGAACAGCAGCUAAAGAAGGCAGAGGCUGCUCAGAGACGAAGGAUGCAAGUUGAAAAGGCUAAUAUGGAAUCUGAGGUUUGUUCAUCUUUGUGCUUUGCAUUUCCUCUUUCUUAUUUAUAUUUUGGAUAUGCAUGCCAGAUAUCAUGUGUGCCUGGUUCUGAGUUUGGUAGGCAGAGGCUAUUAGGAAAAUACUUGGUCAAGAUUCCAAUCGGAAAAAACGGGAAGAGAAAAUGAAAAGGCGUCAGGAAGAAUUGGCUCAGGAAAAGGCUGCCAAUGCACAGAUUCUUGCAGCAAACACUGUUAGAUGGGUCAUGGGUCCUAGAGGAACUGUCGUUACAUUUUCCCCAGAGAUGGGUCUCCCUAGUAUUUUUGACUCCAAGCCCAUUAGCUAUCCUCCUCCACGUGAAAAAUGCGCCAGUCCAUCAUGCACAAACACAUACAAGUAUCGAGAUUCAAAAACAAAGCUACCUCUCUGUAGUCUCCAGUGCUACAAGGCAAUCCAGAAACAGCAGCAGACUGAAGCCACUAGCUGAUGUUGCCUAAAAUCCAACCCUGAUCUCCAUUCAUGCAGUAAAUCCUGCACAUUUUAUAUUUUGAUAUAUCUUGGUUUUUUAAACUUCAGAGAUUGGUUUGAACUAUGAGGAAUUAUGUUUCGGCUCAAUGUAGAAGGAUUUAGCAAAUUAUAUGGAUUGAUAAUUGCUAAAACACAUCGUUCAUUUAAUGAUACACA